UCCCGCCCCCAGCCGCCGGAUCUGGCCCCGGCCCUGUCCCGACCCCCAGCGUGGCCCACUCCGGCCCAGCGGCUCCACCGGGCACGCAGGCGGCCUCUGGAGCAGCCCAAGCCCAUGAGGGCCGCGCGCCCCGCCGCCGGUGCUGACGAGACGGAGCUCCCGGCCCCCGAGGAGGAGCGGAGGAUCAAUGCGGUUCAAGAAUCGUUUCCAGCGUUUCAUGAACCAUCGGGCUCCAGCCAAUGGCCGCUACAAACCAACUUGCUAUGAACAUGCUGCUAACUGUUACACACAUGCAUUCCUCAUUGUUCCGGCCAUUGUGGGCAGUGCCCUCCUCCAUCGGUUGUCUGAUGACUGCUGGGAAAAGAUAACAGCAUGGAUUUAUGGGAUGGGCCUUUGUGCCCUCUUCAUCGUUUCCACAGUAUUUCACAUUGUAUCAUGGAAAAAGAGUCACUUAAGGACAGUGGAGCAUUGUUUUCACAUGUGUGAUAGAAUGGUUAUUUAUUUCUUCAUUGCAGCAUCUUAUGCUCCAUGGUUAAAUCUCCGUGAACUUGGACCCCUGGCAUCUCAUAUGCGUUGGUUUAUCUGGCUCAUGGCAGCUGGAGGAACCAUUUAUGUAUUUCUCUACCAUGAAAAGUAUAAAGUGGUUGAGCUCUUCUUCUAUCUCACAAUGGGAUUUUCUCCUGCCUUGGUGGUGACGUCAAUGGACCCACAUAGAGCAGGUGUCUGAAUCCAAGCUUCUGGCAGAUUUGGCCACAGGGAACUGACUUCAUAAUGGCUGCCUUUCUGACUGGAGUGAGAUGGU